UUGGAACCAAUCGCAGAAGGGGAAUGGAGGAAAACAACCACAUGGAGGUGCCAACAUGGUAGCUGAUCCUGCUAAAGAAACCUCCAAGGAUGACAGAGGAAUGGGAAAUGAGGAGAGGAAUGCUGGACAGUUCUACCAUGUGUGUGACAAAGAUGACAGUGGCACAGCUGUUGCAAGGGCUGGAGAGGAAUUGCACCCGCUUGACAUGUGGGUCAUGGACUCUGGUGCUGCAUGGACAAUGACACCACGCAAGGACUUGCUGGAUGCUGUGCGAGCGCCUCCAAUCUCUGAAGUGCGCUCAGCAUCCGGACAUGCAGUGAAGGUCGCUGGAGUUGGUCGAGCUGCAUUCAGAGCACCUGAUGGUGGACUGGUUGUGCUGAAGGAUGUGUUACUCGUACCAGGGCUGAAGGCCAACCUGAUAUCGCUGCGCAAGCUAGGCCAGGCCGGAGUCAGCACCACCACCAAUGGAUCCAAAACAUUCAAGGGGCUGCGAGGAGAUCGUGUGUUAUGGGAUUUACACGAAAGCAGAGAUGUCUUCAGAUCCAUGUGGCAGAUCCCUGCACUGAUAUGGGAAUCAACAAAGAAGGAGUUGGGAGAAGUAAAGGCGGGAUCUGGAGUCCAGGGGGAGUGUAAUGCAGUUAGUGCUGCAGGAGUGACGGUUUCUGCAAGGUCGGGGGAGACUGAUUGGGAAACCGCACACAGGCGUCUAGGGCAUGUGGCUAUGCCAUUGCUGCAGCAACUGCAUAAGGAAGAAGCAGUAAAGGGGCUGAAGCUUUCUGGGCAACCAAAUGAUACCAAGUGCGAGACGUGUCUGCUGAGCAAGUUCACACGGUUCCCCUUUCACGGCGUAGCUGGGAAAAGCAAGGCAGCACUGGAACUGGUGCACAUGGACCUCGUAGGACCUUUUCCAGUCCGAGGAAGUAAGGGGGAAAGGUACUUCCUGACAAUAGUUGAUGACUGGAGUCGGCUGAUGUGGGCAUACCCGUUGAAGCAGAAGGAUCAUGCUGCCUCAACAAUACGAGAUGACUGGCUGCCGUUCGUCGAGCGACAAUCUGGGCACCCAUGCAAGAGCAUCAGAACCGACCGAGGUGGAGAGUUUCUAGGAGGAGAUCUGACUGCGUGGCUCAAGAAACAAGGCAUUGAGCAUCAGCUAACGACGUCCUAUACCCCUCAGUCAAAUGGCGUUGCUGAGAGGGCUAAUAGGACCAUCCUGGAAACUGCGCGAGGGCUGCUGAUCGAAUCAGGGCUGGGGAACUCCAUGUGGCCUCAUGCGGUGAGGCAUGCUACAGUGGCAAGGAACCGCGUACUCACAAAGGUGGCUGAUGAUAUGUGGGUGCCGCUGGAGAGGUGGCUUGGAAAGAAGCCUCCAGUGGACAUGCUUCGAGUGUUCGGAUGCAUGGCAGUGGCGCAUGUCCCUAAACCGUACAGGACAAAGCUUGGAGCAUCUGCACUUUGGUGUGUGCACCUUGGGCUUGCGGCAGAGAGCAAGGGGUGGCUACUCUGGGAGCCCUCAAAGAAUGUGCUGUUUGAUAGUCGGGAUGUCAAAUUUGUGGAGAACAUCAUGUAUGGCAAGUGGGAGAAGCAGCCGGAGGCAAGGGUCACCCAGCAACUGGAAGAGAUCACUAUGCACUUCGAUCUGUCCGAACCUGAGGACAGCGAAGUCACUGCGCCAACGGCAAGCGGUACUGAUGAAGGAAGCAAUGAGGAUAUUGCAGCUGAUGCUGAAGUCAAGGAUCCGGAGCAGCAGCAGCAAGAGGCUUCCAAAACACCAAGUCUGCCAAAGCGAAGGAAACAGAUUGGUGGGGGGACAAAGGAUUGGGUGAAGGUGAAAGAAUGGGUAAAUCCAACCAUCUACCCUGCACGUACCAGAAUGGCAACGAGAAAACUGCUGAGCUCCACAAGUGGAGGAGCCACAACUGAGCAGCAGGAACAGGCUCAAGGCGAAGAUGCAGUGCUGUUCUUGGGUGAUGACCAAGAGUCAGAUGACGAGGAGCCUGCAUACUGCUUUUACGCACCAAUACAACCUCCGAGCAUGGAUCAUGCGCUAGCCGGGCCUCAACGGGGGAAGUGGCUCGUUUCAAGAGAUGCAGAGUACAACAGCCAGAUGGAGAAUCACACGUGGGACCUGGUGUACUUGCCAAAUGGGAAGAAGGCAAUACAGUGCAAGUGGCUGGCAAAAAUCAAGACGGAUGAGAAAGGAGAGCCAUCAGUUUACAAGAGCAGGCUGGUGGCAAAGGGGUUUCAGCAGAAAGAGAAGGAAGAUUACAAAGAAGUGUUUGCCCCAACUGCUAAGUCUCCAACGCUACGUGUGCUGCUAGCGGUAGCUGCUGUGCGCAAAUGGAAGGUGAAGCAGAUGGACAUCGUAACCGCUUUUCUGUACGGCAUUGUGGAAGAGGAGGUGUACAUGGUUCAACCCCCUGGCUAUGAGGAUGGAACCGGUCGUGUCUGCAAACUUAACAAGGCCAUCUAUGGCUUGAAGCAGGCCCCGAGAUGCUGGUACAACAGGCUGGCCAGUGCACUGGAAGGGAUUGGAUUCCGUGCGAGUGCAUGCGACGAGAGCCUAUUCCUGAUGGGAGAGGGGGAGUCACUUGUGCUUCUGCUGGUGUACGUGGAUGACAUCUUGCUCUUCAGCAGCAGUGACAAGGAGAUCGAUGGGGUGCAGCGGAAGCUCACAGAGCAGUUCAAGUGCAAGUCACUUGGAGAGGCAAGGUACUACCUGGGAAUGCACAUUGAGCGGGAUACUGAACGUGGCUGGCUCAAACUGCAUCAGGGACAGUACAUCAACACCUUGGCUGAGAAGUACUCUUUGCAGGAAGAACGGGAAGUGGUCACACCUUUGCCUUCCGAGUUCAAACUCAUAAAGGCAGCUGAAGGAGAAGGAGUUGAGAGUGAAGACCAGAGGCAAUUCCAAUCCAUGGUCGGGAGCCUACUCUACGCUGCUGUGCAUACUCGGCCUGACAUCAGCUUUGCUGUGGGACAGCUGGCUCGAGUAGUGCAAAAUCCAACAGAAGAGCAGUGUGGUGCAGCGGAGAGAGUGGUGCGCUACCUCAAGUCAUACCCUACAGUGGGAGUACAGUAUUCAGCCUCUGCUCAACUCAGUCAAAAAGGAGUUGAAGUCCUCAAAGAGAAUGGGGAGCAGCUCGGAGAAGGAAAGGUGUUCCUUUCCUGUUUUGCUGAUGCCACGUGGGCUUCUGAGCAUGAGGAUUCAUCAUCAGUUGGUGGAUACAUCUGCAUGGUGGGAGGUGGGCCUGUAAGUUGGAGGUCCAAGAAGCAGUCUGAGACGGCACUAUCUUCAGUGGAAUCUGAGUACAUGGCGAUGUUUCAUGCGGCAAAAGAAAUCAUCUGGCUAAGGAGGCUCUUGAAGGAGAUCGGCCAUGAACAGACUUGUGCGACACCUCUGUUCAGUGAUAGCAAGGGAGCCAUUGCCAUGGCGCGCAAUGCAGUUCUUCAUGGGUUGAACAAGCACAUGAGGAUCAAGUGGCAUUGGCUACGGAAGGAGGUGAAGCUUGGGACACUGGAUCCGAUCUACGUGAAAACUCAGCAACAGCCAGCCGACUUCCUUACCAAGCGGCUAGCUGAAGAGCCACACUGGCGCUGUGCGAGGAAGGCGGGAAUGUCCUUGAACUAGAGACGGCGAAACAAGCCGACAGUCUGAGGGGGAGUGUGUUGGUGCAUAUUCAUUUGCACGUCAUCCUGUCGUCUGUUCGCAUCAUUUCGUUUGCAUGUGUUUUGUGUGCUACGUUGUUUGUAUGGUUUGUUGGGUUUGCAUGUCUUUGCAUGUUCAUCUUGUGCUUGUGCAGAUGUGCUUGGAUUGUGCAUGACAUCGAGCACAUUCCAACGAGCCAAGAAUUGUUGGAAUCGGAGCACAUAUGAAGAAGUUACGAAGAAAUGUUUGAUGGAUUUGUUACAACUCAUUGGAAGUCCUUGUCAGCUGCUACACCAAAGUUGGAGAGCCCUAUAACGAGGAGGGACCAGCAUGUGUGGGACUUUUGUCCCCACCUUGCAGCUGCAGCAUUUGGGGUUUGGAGGCCAACCUGGCACAGGGUGAAUUUUGUCUUGCCAGGCUGGCUGAACCUGAGGAUGGGGAGUCAAAACUUUGACUCUUGUCAUGUUCUUGACCAUGGGCCUCCAGGGUCCUUCCCUUUCAUCCUUCCCUUCCUACCCCACCUUCCAACUGUGCUUCAAUGCCUUUUCUAUCAUGCCUCUGAUCUUGUAAGCUUCAAUCAUAGUGACUCUGAGGACUGUCAACUUCUCCUAGGGCAGAUUACCCCCCAGUGCGCCAAACGCCAUAGCUCACUCGUUCAGCUACGGAAUCGAGUGAUUCAACUUUCAGUGGAAAGCUGACGCUGCCAGCUACAACAUAUCCGAU